AUGGAAUUAUCUGCAGCAGAGGCGGCGCAAAACGAAGUACCGACGAUAUUGGCUGUUGCGUGGAUCCUGAUUGUCGUUCCAGGUGCCUUCGUUGCUUUACGAAUUUACUGCAAGAUCUUCUUGGCAAAAGGCUUCGGGUGGGAUGAUGGUAUUUGUGUGUUUUCUUGGCUUCUGCAACUCAUUUAUACAGCUUUGAUUACCAGAGCCACUCAGAUGGGUGUACUUGGGCGACAUGUCGAAGCGAUUCAGGAUCAAGGCAUGGUGUCUCACGGACUGAAGCUAGUCUACAUUGGUUUUGUGAUCAUGAUAUUUGGUUGUGUUUUUGCAAAAUCCUCGUUCGUUAUUACAUUGCUACGCAUUGUCACUCGAACCUGGCAAAAAGCCAUUUUAUGGUUUAUCAUGAUCAGCAUGAAUGCCGUCAUGUGGCUCUGUGGCAUUUGCUACUUGGCUCAGUGCACGCCAACAGCUGCACUCUGGGACACGGAAACAAGGGCCACGGCAAAGUGUUGGCCUACAGAUGUUUACGAAAAUAUCGGAAUAACAGCUGGAGCAUACUCUGGAUGCAUGGAAUUCAUCCUUGCACUCUUCCCCUGGGUGAUUCUAUGGGAAAUACAAAUGGAGAAACGCGAGAAAAUUGGUAUCAUGAUUGCUAUGAGCCUGGGAAUCUUUGCUUCGAUCGCAGCCUUCAUAAAAACCUCAAAGCUUGUCAACGUGUCCAACAUCAGUGACUUUACCUAUUACUGCACGCCAAUCCUCCUUUGGGCCUCCACCGAGACAGGCCUAACAAUAUUUGCUAGCUCGAUCCCAACCCUCCGCAUCCUUCUCGUGCGCAUGCGCUCCACAAACGAGGCCAAAUAUUCCUCGGAGACAUGCUACCGCACCCACUUCAGCCACAACAAGAUGAGAUCGGACCCAUAUUAUCAUAUGAAUAGCGAUACUAUCACGCUUACCGAUCGCAACGAUAAUGACAGCGAUAAGAGUACUCUCGGUGAUUUGGGAAUGUUGGAAUCAGUACUGCAUGCCGGCAAUCUCUCGACACGCCGCUUUUCUUGGAUUCCAGUGGAGUCUACCCACGACUUUAUUAUGGAGAGCUUGGCAUGA